CACACGUGCACUUCUGCCAGGUCAAAUCGGGACGAGAACUUCAAACUCGCCAGGAAAAGAGACUGAGCAAAUAUCACAGUUGGCUGAUAUCUGAUAAUUAAUUACAUAUUAUGGCUAGCAAACUACUAGCGUCGGUUGAUUCCUCGAAAUACAAGAAAUUUUCUUGGCGUGCGUGUGUAGCAGACACGUGACGAGACGCUAUGUAUGUUUCCAGUUUGUUUCCUUAAUUUGGACAGCUCUCAUAUAAUCCGAAGAAUGGAACAGCGGGGACGAUUUCCACAUACAAAUAAUUCCUCAACAGAAAUCACUCAAAGUAUGGAAGAUGACCCUUUGUUUGAUGGUCCACUUAUUUCAACUGAUGCCCUUCACUCUACAAUUAAAAAAGAAUUUAAGAACAUACCUACAGCCUGGGUGGCAAUUCUCCUUUUGUUCAUCCAUGUUACCUUCGUCUGUCUCUCAGUUGCCCUUGCUGUAUAUUGUUCCAUCCUAGAAGAUAAAGAUGGCCAGUGCCAUAAUUACCUGCAUGACUUUGAAAGCGGGAGUGUGAUUGUCUUUGCCAAGGUCAUCCUGUGGCUCCUGUUUGUUGCUUUUGAGAGGUUUGUCCAGUACCACCACAGCAGUGCACGAAGCCGAGGGUAUCUGCAGUUUUACAGGACUACAAGGAACCUGAAACGCUUGCCCUUGCUCAUCCACUCAGUCGGCAGUGCUGCCGUGCUGCUCAUCCUGUCCACUAAGAUGUCUUUUCCGACGGCAGAACCCCUCUAUGUGUACCUCCUCCUGGGUGUCCUGGUGCUCGAGCUCCUGAUCUCAAUCCUCUUCCUCCUGGUCUACACAGUGAAAGUCAUGAGCUUCAACAAGAAUAAGCUGAAUCCAGACAUAAGCCAGGAGGAACAGUCACAUGCAUACUCGAGCCAUGGACACUUCGCUGGCACAGAAACGGGAUUCAGGGAGGGCUCAAGUCUGGGAGAAAUUGUGGAGAAGCAAGCUGACCUGAUCGAGUACUUGAAGCAACGCAAUGCUCUGCUCAGCAAGCGCAUCCUGUCCUUAACAUCGCAGCAAAUCAGAGACUGAGGAGUUCAAGGCCUGUAACUUGGAGAGGAAAUGUUGUUGGGUUUUUUUUUUUUUUUUUUUGCCAAGUAAAUUGAGCCUUUUGUACUUUAAAAAUUGCACAAGUUGUUGUUUUACAAGUCAUAAUACUUUAUUGCAUCAUUCUCACACAUUUUGUGCACAUUUUAAGCUUAUACAAAAUUGUCAAAAUAAAGUUUAUAUUUAUGUGCAAUAGUUCUGUGUUUGUGCAAAUAUAUAGGUUUACAUUUUAAAUGGAGGAAAAAGCUUUUAUACGUAAACUGUUCAAAUGAACGUGAAUCAGUCACUGGGUGUGGUUGAAAGAUAAGAGAGACGGGUACAUGCAAUGCCCGUGUGACCUUAAGCUAAUGAUGCGCAUAAAUGUACUAGCAUAUUAGAAUAACCACACAUGUACUUAACAUGAAAUAAAAGGCUUGAAACUA